AUGUCUACCCCACCACCAUCACCGGAUUUGAUAUCGAUAAAUUCAUGUGAGAGGCUCAACUUCGGUGACUUGCACUCUAUAUUCUAUGAUUGUGGGGUUAAAAUAGUUGAACAACAGAUCAAAGUUGAUUACAUAAAUGAGGAAAUAGGUCGCAAUUUGGAGAUUUCCAGGGUCGAUUCACUCACUAUGCAACGUCGUUUAACACAUACCAAGAAAAAUGUCCACACUCUCACUGUUCUAGUUGUGAGACUCAUGGUAAUGAUGUUUGGUUUCCUCGUGGACAAAGUUCACUCUCUUAUCAACAAUUGA